CUUUUUUUUCACCAAGACUCUCAAACGUCAUAUUCCAUUUUCACAAGAUGCUACUCUUUUAAGAAUCAAGGAAACUUUUAUUACUAUUAUUUGCUUAUAUUAUACAUUUAUACUAUUUACAUCCUACAACAAUCAUGUGAUAGACGACAAUAAAAUACACAAUUACACAUGGAUCAUAACCAUCAAUUUCUCAAACCAUAAGGACGUACAUCGAACAUUGCACAAUGAUAAAUACCUCUCUCUUUCUUAUCACCACCACAAGUUUCAAAAUAUCACUGGUUUUAUCCUAAUCACGAGGGAUGGAAGCAAGUGCAGUUCUUUGCGUUCUUGGAGUAGCAGCAAUCUUGGGGUUAUAUAUUUGGAGGAUUUCGAACUGGUUGUGGUUUAAACCAAAAAAGAUAGAAAAUUUUCUAAGAGAUGAAGGUCUCAAGGGUAGCUCCUAUACCUUCGUUUUUGGAGAUUUGAAAGAAAUGGUGCAGAUGAGAAGGGAUGCCAAAUCGAAACCCAUGAAUCUAACUCACGAUAUAGCUCCUCGUGUCUUGCCCUUCAUCCAUAAGUCAAUCUCUACUUAUGGUAAGAGUUGCUUCACAUGGAUGGGGACAAAACCUUUGGUGCACAUAUCUGAACCAACUAUGAUACGGGAAAUAUUGGCUAACUAUUAUCAGUUUCAAAAGCCAAGGGGAGGAAAUCCAUUAACAAAGUUGCUAGCAAAAGGAUUAAUCGAUGCAGAAGCUGAUCAAUGGAUUAAACAUAGAAAAAUCAUCAACCCCGCAUUCCAUGUUGAGAAGCUUAAGCAUAUGGUACCUGCAUUUUAUGUGAGUUGCAGUGAGAUGAUCGACAAAUGGGGGAAAAUGGUAACCAUAGAAAGCUCGUGUGAAGUGGAUGUGUGGCCUCAUCUACAAACAUUUUCAAGUGAUGUAAUUUCACGUACAGCAUUUGGUAGUAGUUUUGAGGAAGGAAGAAAGAUUUUUGAAUUUCAAAGAGAACAAGCUGAGCUGGUUAUAAAAGCUGCACAAUCGGUUUACAUUCCAGGAUCAAGAUUUUUGCCGACAAAAGACAACAAGAGGAUGAAAGAGAUUGACCGCGAGGUGAAAGCUUCAAUAAAACGAAUUAUUGAUAAACGAGUUGUUGCGAUGAAAGCCGGAGAAACUAUUAAUGAUGACCUUUUGGGCAUUCUUUUGGAUUCCAAUUACAAAGAAAUCAAACAACAAGGGAGUAGCAACUUUGGAUUAAGCAUCGAGGAAGUAAUCGAAGAAUGCAAGCUUUUCUACUUUGCAGGACAAGAGACAACAGGAAAUAUGCUUGUUUGGACAAUGAUUUUAUUAGGUCAACAUACAGAUUGGCAAACACGUGCUAGAGAAGAAGUCUUACACGUCUUUGGAGAUAAAAGACCAGAUAUUGAUGGGCUAAGUCACCUAAAAGUUAUUAACAUGAUUUUCAAUGAGGUUCUUAGACUAUAUCCACCAGCAGUAAUGUUAAGACGACUUAUACAUGAAGAUACCAAAUUAGGUGUGUCAAAGGUGACCAAGGGUCAAGCCAUGUAUCUACCAUUUGGAGGUGGCCCACGUAUAUGUAUUGGCCAGAAUUUUGCUAUGCUAGAAGCAAAAAUGGCACUUGCUAUGAUUUUGCAAGGUUUCUCUUUUAAGUUAUCUCCAUCGUACUCACAUGCUCCACACACUAUAAUUACUCUACAACCUCAAUUUGGUGCUCACUUGACUUUAUACAAACUUUAA